AUGAGUCCAGAACUUCCUACAGCCUGUCUAAAACAUGUUCUGCUUCACCUUGAAGCUGAAGACGUCGCGCGCUGUGCACAAGUAUCAAAAAAAUGGCGAGACGCUUGUUACGUCGAGUCAUUAUGGAAAAAACUCUGUGACGAAAGAUGGAAAUAUUGGAAAUGGAAACCGAAUAAAGCCGCGGGGUGGCGACAAAUUUAUCUUGCACGCAUGUCCACAGAUCAAUGGGCCUUUGGAGUUCUUGAUUCACUCACACUUGGUGGUGCGCAUUACUUAGCACAUAUGAAAAAGUUACGGCAAUUGGGUGAUAAUUGUCGUGAUGUGUUAUUGUGGAUAUUGAAUCAUCCUAAUACGGCCACACUCACACAUAGUUAUUUUGCAAAAAGAGCGUUGCAGCACGUGCGUCGGUUUUCCGUAAUUGAAAAGUGGAAAGCAUGGCUAAAUGGCACACUCACUUUCUCGAAUCUACAUGGAUUUGCCAUGAUGGUAACGUUUUUUAAUGAACGAUUAGAUAUUGAAGAUAUCAUACAGGAAGUUGAUGAAUUGGCCGCAGAUUUCCUUGCGAUAAGUCCGGAAACAACGCACGAAACACAAAUGUCAAGAUUCCAUCGUCUGACGGAUUUUUUUACACGCACAUACCCAUCCGACGCUUCAGUAUUGGAUAUCGAAACAAAAUUAAUGUAUAUAACUAGCCCGUUACAAGAGACAAAACAAGGUAAAGCUUGUGUUCUUGCAAUAGUUUUUGAGGCGUUGGCGCAGCGAGUUGGGUUGGAGAAUGUCGAGGUGGUGGCAGAUCGUGAAAGAAAGUCGUUUCGACGGUAUCACUACAUAAGAUAUACUGACGUGGAAUCUGAAAACGGUGAUUAUUAUUAUAUCGAUUUUAAGAAACAUUCCGAGACGGGAAUUCUAACGGCAGAAGAAUUUGAUCGACACGCAUCAAAAUAUUACGGAGAAUUCUGGCCAGAAUAUAAACCAAUCCCACAGAAAACCCUAUUCAAAUUAUUUCUACAUGAUUAUUUUCAAAGUCUGACGAACAUUCGUGGUUAUAGUGACGAGAUUAUUUAUGGGACGGCUGUUCAACGUCAAUUCAUUUCGCAUCCAGUCGUCAACGAUGGUGAUCUGACGGAAUUGUGUAAGAUAAUGAAAGUCUGGUGGUCAUUUGUCGCGACGAGAUUCAAGUAUCCCGAAGAUUAUGAGCUUGGCAAAGUGGCGUUAAGUGAAAUUGAACAAUUUGUAGGGGAGGGAAGUUGGAAAGAACAGGAAAUGUGGCAAAAUCUGGCUGGUAAUGUACAAGCGGAUAUUGAGGCUAUGGAGACGAAUGAUGUUACAGAGUGGGAUUACUCGGGGGCGUUGACUCGUAAUGGCGGAGAAAGUGAUCCGAAGUUCUUUAUUGGCGAUAUUGUUUGUUUUCACAAGUUUGAUGCGUUGGGUGUUAUUUGUCGUUGGGAUCGAGCUUACGAUGCUAAUAUGGCAGAAAAUGUGACAAAAUUUCAUUGGAGGGACCUUGAUUCACCCAAGAAUGAACCAUUCUAUGAGGUAUUAACACUACGGGGAGUAUUUCUAUAUUGCGGUGAAAAAAGUCUAGUAAACGAGCCUCCGAUCUCUGAUCGAUUAAAAAAAAUGGUACCUAUAAAUCUCUACGGAGACUAUAUGGGUGAUGAGGAUGAUUGGGAACUAGCGAAAUCACUGGGUCCGAUAACUACCGAAUCGAUUGGCUGUUAUUUUGAGCAAUGGGAUAGCGAGAAUAGACGAUAUAUAAUGAAUGAGGCUACGAGAAAGUGGUUUCCCGAUGGAUAG